CCGAAACGACCCUGUGUUUUUUUCACUCUAGGGCUUCUCUUCUGCAAUUAUCGAUAUUCAUUGCAACUCCCUCUCUCUCGCGGAUUUGCGUCUACGAGGUUAAUCAUGGCGACUGCGUCAAUGGCAUUUAAAUCUCGGGAGGACCAUCGAAAGCAGAUGGAAUUGGAAGAAGCACGUAAGGCUGGGCUUGCACCAGCUGAGGUUGAUGAGGAUGGGAAAGAAAUCAAUCCUCAUAUUCCUCAGUAUAUGUCAUCUGCACCUUGGUAUCUCAAUGCUGAGAGACCUAGUUUAAAACAUCAAAGGAAAUGGAAAUUAGAACCCAAUUUUACAAAGUCAUGGUAUGACAGAGGUGCAAAAACAUUUCAUGCCGACAAGUUUAGGCCAGGUUCAUGUGAAAACUGUGGAGCUAUGUCACACAAUGCAAAGGAAUGCAUGGAAAGGCCCCGUAAAUUGGGUGCAAAGUGGACAAACAAGAAUAUUGCACCGGAUGAGAAAAUAGAAACCUUUGCACUGGAUUAUGAUGGCAAACGUGACCGCUGGAAUGGCUACGAUGCAGCAACCUAUGUCCAUGUGAUCGAUAGAUAUGAAGCAAGGGAUGAAGCUAGAAGGAAAUACUUGAAAGAACAACAACUUAAGAAGUUGGAGGAGAAAAACAGUAACCAAAGUGGAGAAGAUGGGGUUAGUGACGAUGAAGACAAUGAGGAUGCUCUUAAAGUAGAUGAAGCCAAGGUUGAUGAGAGCAAACAGAUGGACUUUGCGAAGGUUGAGAAGCGUGUCCGGACUACAGGUGGUGGAAGUACUGGAACUGUUAGGAACCUGCGUAUUCGAGAGGAUACUGCAAAAUACCUACUUAAUCUUGAUGUCAACUCUGCACACUAUGAUCCCAAAACCCGGUCAAUGCGCGAGGAUCCUCUUCCUGAUAUGGAUCCAAAUGAGAAGUUCUAUACAGGAGAUAAUCACAAUAGAGUAAGUGGUCAAGCUUUAGAGUUCAAGCAGCUUAACAUCCAUGCUUGGGAAGCAUUUGAGAAAGGACACGAUAUUCACAUGCAAGCAGCUCCAUCCCAAGCUGAGUUGCUUUAUAAAAAUUUUAAGAUCAAUAAGGAUAAAUUGAAGUCCCAAACGAAGGAGACUAUUAUGGAGAAGUAUGGCAAUGCAGCUGCUGAAGAAUCACUUCCAAAAGAGCUUUUACUGGGACAAAGCGAAAGAGAAAUUGAAUAUGACCGUGCUGGUCGGAUUGUGAGGGGCCAGGAGACAGCCCUUCCAAGGAGCAAGUAUGAAGAAGAUGUGUACACCAACAACCACACUAGUGUUUGGGGCUCUUGGUGGAAGGAUCAUCAAUGGGGUUAUAAGUGCUGCAAACAAACGAUCCGGAACAGCUAUUGUACAGGUGCUGCUGGAAUUGAAGCUGCCGAAGCUGCAGCAGAUCUCAUGAAGGCUAAUAUUGCUCGUAAAGAGGCUGCUGAAGAGAUGCCUCCACCAACAGAGGAGAAGAAACUUGCUACCUGGGGAACUGAUGUGCCAGAUGAUUUGGUUCUGGACCAGAAAAAAUUGGGUGAAGCACUGAAAAAGGAGGAUGAAAGGAGGAGAGAAGAGAGAGAUGAGAGGAAGCGCAAAUAUAAUGUCAAGUACAAUGAUGAGGUUACUGCUGAGGAGAUGGAGGCUUACAGGAUGAAAAAGGUUCACCAGGAUGAUCCAAUGAAGGAAUUUCUGCAUUGAGUUCAGACUCUGAUUCCCUCUCGGCAAUCGGUUACCGAGGACACCAGACAGAUUUUAUUAUACAGGUUGAACCCUGUUUUGUGCAUGUUUUUUAUUGUAUAUAGUCAAUGUAAGACCUACUUACGCUUCCUUAGCGUCAGGUACAUUCGAAUUUGUUGUGACAAUAUAUUGUACUUGUUAUUUGAGUUCAUAUACAUGAUGUUAAAUUGGCUGAGGG